CUUAAAAAUCUGGUGUUGGCUAUAGCAGAGAAUUACAGAAUAUUCAAUACAAAAUAAGUCAGCGAGACAUAGCUGCUAACAAUUCUGUAUUCUCCAUUUUGCUUUCUUUUGAAUUGUGGCCCAACAACAAAAAUAUCAACUGUUAGCAGCGCCAUCGGUAAGUUUUAUUUCUUGCAUGACAUUGUUUUCCGAACGUAACUUUGAGGUUACAGCUGACAUACAAAUUUUGUUUAUUCUUUGUUGCGGCGAUUUGUAAGAAAAUUGUGGAAAUUUGUGUUGUAAAAUAUAACAAUAAGAAAGAAAAUAUGGAUGCAGAGACUUCACGCAAAACUUGGGAGCUGGAAAAUAAUGUAAAAACUUUGCCAGCUUGCGAUGAAAUAUUUCGGUACGAUGCAGAACAGCAAAGACAGAUUCUCGAUGCAAAGCCAUGGGAAAAGGAUCCACACUAUUUUAAGGACAUAAAGAUUUCAGCUUUGUCCUUGCUUAAGAUGGUAAUGCAUGCCCGCUCAGGUGGAACACUAGAGAUUAUGGGUCUGCUUCUUGGUAAAGUUGAAGAUAACACAAUGAUUGUCAUGGAUGCUUUUGCCUUGCCAGUUGAAGGCACUGAGACUCGUGUUAAUGCCCAAUCUCAGGCUUAUGAGUAUAUGUCUGCUUAUAUUGUUGCAGCAAAAGAAGUAGGUAGAUUGGAAAAUGCAAUUGGGUGGUACCAUAGUCAUCCCGGUUAUGGAUGUUGGUUAUCAGGAAUUGAUGUGUCAACACAAAUGCUUAAUCAGAACUAUCAAGAACCAUUUGUUGCCAUUGUAGUAGAUCCAGUACGUACAGUGUCAGCAGGCAAAGUUUGCUUGGGAGCUUUUCGUACAUAUCCAAAAGGGUAUAAGCCACCGAAUGAAGAGCCUUCUGAAUAUCAGACCAUACCUUUAAAUAAAAUCGACGAUUUCGGCGUACACUGUAAACAAUAUUAUCCACUUGAAGUGACUUAUUUCAAGUCCGCUUUGGAUAGAAAGCUAUUAGAUUCGUUAUGGAACAAAUAUUGGGUGAACACACUGGGUAGUUCAGGCUUACUUACUAAUACAGAUUAUACAACUGGACAAAUUUUCGAUUUGUCAGAGAAGCUUGAACAGAGCGAAUCGAGUUUAGUGCGUGGACCAUUUGUGGUUACAGGCGCUGAAGGUAGCGAAAAGCGUACAGAGGAUAAACUAUCGAAGGCCACUCGUGAUUGUAGUCGCGCAUCUAUAGAGCUAAUUCACGGUUUAAUGGCACAAAUUGCUAAGGACAAACUGUUUAACAAAGUUGGACUUGGGAAAUAAGUUGGAAGAACCAGUUAAUGAAUAAUUUAUGAACUGCAAUUUUCAAAUAAUCAAUAAUAAAAUACAUGAAAUGAAAUAAUAUUCUUUCGUUGCCAAAUAUCAAAAAGAAAUUAAAAAUAGUCUAACGAGUUACUGGAAUGCAUGCAAAUAAACAGAGAAUGACAUUGUUUUAAUGUAUAUACCAUA